AUGGACCCCAUUUUACAGCUAUUCAAUGAAACGAGAAACGACGCUGAAAGUGUUGAACGAUCGCUUCAGCGAGAUAAAUUGAAAACUGAAUCUCCAAGCAAUCCAUUUUUGCUAACAUUAGAAGAAAGGAACUACGAUGAACAGUAUUUUCACCUUUACCAGCAUCGACUACAAGUUUUAGGAGAAAGAGUGACCAGGAGUUGUGAGAAGAAAUGGGAUUCAAAUUUCGAAUUGAACCAUCGCAGGGUGGUCAAGAAGAAUAAAGUAUUAGAUAUCCAAUCGAAUGAACCCUGCUGGUGCGUGGGCACCAUUUACUGUGAGAUGAAAUAUAAACCUAAUGUCCUAGAAGAAGUUGUCAAUGAUGUUUAUGGAGCGCCCGACCUAGUCAGGAGUUAUGCAGAUGCAGAAGGUAGUGAUGAAAUCAUGUUAGAAGAUGAGAGUGGUCGAGUUCUCCUUGUUGGAGAUUUCGUGAAGAAUAAGCCAUUCGUGAGUGGCACCGUUGUCGGUAUAUUGGGUAUGGAGGCCGACGCGGGGGCUUUUCAAGUCCUUGAUAUAUGUUACCCAGCUGCCCUUCCGCAAGAAUGUUUGCCAAAGAGUUCAAGCCCUGGCAAAGUUGCUUUUGUAUCAGGGUUGAAUUCUGAUCCUUCCAACGCAAAUAACGCGCUACGAAUACAACUCCUUCAAGAGUACCUUACUGGAAACUUGGUAGAUGCGUCGGCCAUAAGCAAGAUCGGUAGGCUGGUAAUAUGUGGAAACUCCCUACGCCCCUCGGAGCCCUCCCAACUAUCCGGCUGUUUGGCAGAGUUUGGCACCUUCAUGGGUAACAUACUACAGUCCAUUCCAAUUGAUCUAAUGCCGGGGCCGCAUGAUCCCAGUGAUCAAUGCUUACCUCAACAGCCCUUGCACAAAGCUUUAUUUGCAGAUGCUGUGAGGCCGUUCUUCAACAAUAAGGAUUGCGAGCUUCUAUCACCAACAACAAAUCCAGCGUGGUUGAAGUUUAAUGGUAUUGAACUACUAGGUACCAGUGGGCAAAAUAUCGAUGACAUAUGCAAAUAUGUCAUUGCUAAUUGUCCGGAUCCCAAGUUAGACCCGGAUCAGAACGAGGAUAUGGUAACUCGAUUAAAUAUGAUGGAAGGAUGUCUUAAGUGGCAAAACAUCGCACCCACGGCCCCUGACACACUAUGGUGCUACCCCUAUAAAAGUGACGACCCCUUCAUCCUUUCGAAAUUACCGCAUGUUUAUUUCGUCGGCAAUCAACCCGCAUUUGCCUCCAAAAGUGUAACCCUUGAAGGAGAUACUGAGGUGAAAGUUGUCGCUGUGCCUGAUUUCAGCAGCACAGGACAGAUAGUCAUCUUAGAUCUUCAGACUUUGAAGACAGACGUCGUGACCAUUCAAAUUUGA